AUGUGUUUGAAGGAACACAGAGGAAUUGAGAAAUUAUAUGACUGGCAGGAUACCUGCCUUACACUCCCAAGUGUUAUAGCUGGUCAUAAUUUGAUCUAUUCUUUACCAACAAGUGGAGAAACUUUAGUAGCUGAGAUACUUAUGCUACAACAAAUAAGUAAAGAAAAAAAUGUUAUCUUUAUACUACCUUUUGUCUCCAUAGUACAAGAAAAGGUUCGUGAGUUGAUGCCAUUUGCUGAAACAUUAGGAUUUGCUAUAGAAGAGUAUGCUGCAAGUAAAGGUAGAUUGCCUCCAAUCAAAAGAAGAAAUCAGAAUGUAUUAUAUGUAGCCACUAUUGAGAAAGCUAAUGCACUGGUAAACUCCUUUAUAGAGCUGCAACGGCUAAAGUCAAUUGGUCUCAUUGUUGUUGAUGAACUUCAUAUGGUUGGAGAAGGAGGGACACGUGGAGCUACUCUUGAAGGCUGUCUAGCCAAGAUCCUCUUUGCUGAUGACUCAGUUCAAGUGAUUGGAAUGAGCGCUACAUUAAAUAAUCUCUCAGAAGUGGCGCAAUUUUUAAAGGCUAAACUCUAUAGCAAUGACUUUAGACCUGUUGAGUUGAAGGAGUAUGUCAAAAUAGGUUGUUGUAUCUACUCCAUUGAAAUCAAUGAAGAUAAUGCUGUAGAAGAUCAGGAUCAACUCUCUUCACUAGUUUUGGAAGUUAUUCCUUUGUCUUCUUGUUUGGUGUUCUGUCCUACAAAAAAGAACUGUGAAAAUGUCGCUCUUAUGUUAUGUAAAUGUUUACCAAGGUACAGGUGGAGGUCACUACAAGAUGUCAAGAGGAAAGAGAGGAAGACUUUAAUGCAACUGCUACAUAUUGAAGCAGCUGGUCUAUGUCCCAUUUUAGCUCAGACAAUACCUAUGGGAAUAGCUUAUCAUCACUCAGGACUCACUGCUGAUGAAAGACGUCUUCUUGAAGAAGCAUACCUUGUUGGAACACUUUAUAUCAUCACAUGUACUUCUACUCUUGCAGCUGGUGUCAAUCUACCGGCUAAAAGAGUCAUAUUACGUUCUCCAUAUGUCGGUCAACACUUUAUUUCUUGUAGUCAGUACAAACAAAUGGUUGGUAGAGCUGGAAGGUCAGGACUUUGUCAGUCUGGUGAAAGUAUCCUCAUUGUACAACCACAUGAUAAAGAUAAGACACAAGACAGUGAUGGGGUGUGGCUUGUUGCCGACCUCUUUAAUUGUUCUAGAGGAUUUAUACAGAGUGUGCUUCAACAAACAAGCAGUUUUGCAUCUUGUCUUGUACAUUUCACUGAGGAGUUACCUGAGCUAUGGCCGUUAAAAGCUCUUCUACCUUCUAGUUCAAAACUAUCCUACUCAGUUACCAUUGAUUUGUUGCCACUAAUAGAGAUACCUGGAAUUAAACAGGGGAGAGUUCGGCAACUCAUAGCAGCUGGCAUCAAAACACCUCAAGAUUUAGUGUCACACUCACCAAAAGAACUCUGUGAGAAAAUUGAACACCUUUUUCCCGGACAAGCUGGGAAAUUAAUAAAAUCUGCUAAGCUUCUGUUAGCAGAGAAAGCUGAGCUUUUACAAGAUGAAGCUCAGGAACUUCUUGACUUAGUUCCUAAAGAAAUGUAA